GGUUACAGCGCCUUCUGUGUUGUGGUAGACAGUGGUAGAACAACAAAGCAUUUAUGAAACAUUUAUUCAUACUGAUACGAUAUAUAUAGCCUAUAUUAUUUUACAAAGGUCUUAAAGAUUGUAGCUUAAACAACGUGCUUUUGGGGGAUCAUUUAAAUGGCUUAUUUCACAAUGUUUUGGUCAGUCGUUUGCGCAACUGUUCUCCUUGUUCCAUUUGUUUGCGAAGCAAGGGCCAAGCGAUAUGUCAUCGGCUGUCCAGAAAAAUGUGACAAGUCUCUAUGUUCCCCGAUCCCUGCGGAUUGCAUGGCCGGGGACAUCCUUGACCAAUGCGACUGCUGUCCUGUCUGUGCGUCGGGAGAGGGAGAAGCCUGCGGCGGCACGGGUAGACUAGGGGACCCGGAGUGUGGAGAGGGCAUGGAAUGCUCGAUAGUGGACGGGAUUGGGGUGUCCGCCACAGUUAGGCGACGGGGGAAAACCGGUGUGUGCGUCUGCAAAGGUUCGGACCCGGUGUGUGGUAGUGACGGGGUUUCCUACCGUAACAUCUGCGAGCUGAAGAGAGUGAGUAACCGCGAUUUGAAGCUGCAACAGCCACCAAUCAUCUUAAUACAGAGAGGAACCUGUGGCCAAGGCCAGGAGAACCCAGACAGUCUGCGGCACAGAUACAACUUCAUCGCUGAUGUAGUGGAGAAGAUUGCUCCAGCUGUGGUUCACAUCGAACUGUACCGCAAGAUGAUGUUCUCUAAGCGGGAGGUGGCAGUGGCCAGUGGUUCUGGCUUUGUGGUGUCAGAGGACGGCCUUAUCGUAACCAACGCCCAUGUGGUGGCCAAUAAGCACAGAGUGAAGGUGGAGCUGAAGAGUGGCGCCACCUUUGACGCCAAGAUCAAAGACGUGGACGAGAAGGCCGACAUCGCCCUGAUCAAGAUCGACGCCCCUACGAAGAUGCCUGUGCUGCUGCUCGGUCGUUCAGCAGACCUGAGGCCUGGUGAGUUUGUGGUGGCCAUUGGCAGUCCCUUUUCCCUGCAGAACACGGUCACCACGGGCAUCGUCUCCACCACCCAGCGAGGGGGCAAGGAGCUGGGCUUGAGGAACUCUGAUAUGGAGUACAUCCAGACCGACGCGAUCAUCAAUUAUGGAAACUCUGGCGGACCCCUGGUCAAUCUGGACGGAGAGGUGAUUGGGAUCAACACACUGAAGGUGACAGCAGGAAUCUCCUUCGCCAUCCCCUCAGACAAGAUCCGUCAGUUUCUGGCAGAGUCCCACGUCAGAGAAUCGAAAGGUAAAUUAUCACCAAAGAAGAAAUUAAUCGGUGCGCGGAUGAUGACUCUCACUUCUGCGCUCGCGGACGGGCUGAAGGAGAGAACAUCGGACUUUCCCGAUGUCACCUCAGGGGUGUAUGUCCUCGAGGUCAUCCCAAAAACACCGGCUGAGAUAGGUGGUUUGAAGGAGAGUGACGUCAUUAUCACCAUCAACAGCCAGCGAAUCAACUCGGCCAGUGACGUCAGCGCCGCCAUCAAGCGUGACGACACACUGCGGAUGGUGGUCAGGCGGGGAAACGAGGACAUCAUGCUCACCAUUGUCCCAGAUGAAAUUGACCCUUGACCCCUCAGUAACCACGAGCUGGUACUCAGUGUUUAAAACCACAGACUUUAAACCGGUGUGUGUCUGGAGCCACACCCCACAUUAGAAUAUGUUACUACUAGUGCCCCACCCACCCCCCCACCCCCCCCCC